GGUAACUAAAGUUACUCCUCCUAUAGCAAUUCCCUUGCUGCCUUACCUCUUUGUCUCUCUGUCUGCUCCUCUGAGACUUCGUUAUCUAUAGGGCACUUUUCUUUCUUUUCACCAAUACUACACCUAAUUUUAAUUGCGUUGCUUUGGAUCCCCAUACCCCUCCAUUGCUUUUACUAUCCCACACACACACUCUCUCUCUCUCUCUCUCCACCCAAUUCUUCUUUAAAUAGGCUAUAUAAACCCACGCUCACAUUCACCAACUGAAAAAGAAAGAGUGAACAAAGAAAGAAAGCAAAGGAAAAAGAAGACAUUUUGAAGCACCCUUUGAGGUUUUGAGGUCAAGUCUCUGCAAGUUCAAGCUCAAUGGAUCAAGACUACUAUAGGAGGAGUCAUCAAGUUCCUGCUUUUGGGAGCUGGGAUUGGAACCAAGACCUUCCCUUCACUCAGUGCUUUGAGUCUGCAAGGCAAGCUGGGUUUCUGCGCUACACUACUUACACUGAUGAACAUGAUCAGGAUCGCGAUUUGUAUGUCACCGGGGAUUUGUACCAGAACGAUGUCGUCACUCCCGCGAUGAUCGUUGUUCCUCGCCGAAGGAACAAGAUGCGUCAGCCGCAAGUGAAAGAAGCAAAGGAGGAGGGUUGGGUCAUGGGUGAGGUGAAGGAGCCACCAAGCCCACCUCCAAGGUCCAGGCCCAAUCCCAAGCCUGUGGAUGAAGAUUUGUACAAAAUCUCACCUGAACUCCUCUAUGCUAAAGCCAAAAAGAAGAGAGGAUUGGGUUUCUUUUCAAGCUGCUUGCUGCCAACAUGUGUUGGCUGAAUCAAUGAGCAAGUUUAUGUGAGGCAUUUAGUGAAUAUAUGACUCAAUAUGAGGGAAAAGUAGACUUAAUAUGAGAUUGUGAGCAUAUGUAAUAUAUUUUGGUCCCAAAAUUCCUAUAUACCUUCAUGUGGGUUAUGAGGAGAGAGUAGUUCAUAUUAUUAGGCUUAUUAGCUUCUUCUUUGGCUGGAUUGGAAAUGUAUAACUUUUAUAUAUCUAUGGAUCUUUAUAUUUUUCAAUGUGA